AUGGAGGAGUCGGCGCCGAAAAGACAGCGCACUGACGGUAGCGCGUCACCUCGAAAAAGACGCCCAUCUUAUGCAUCACCAACUAAAGCCAGCAUGUCAAGACAUCACCCAGAAGCAUUUGAGCGAAGAAUGUCCAGAUCACCGCAGAAAUUACCGACUGCUCGACCUUCGGCGCAAUUCACUUUUGACAGUCCCUCGGAAGCUCUGGCUGCGCGCUUGGCGACAAGUCGGAUUGUUAGUGAUGCUCCUACGCCAACGCGCCCGGGUGAGGCGGCGCCAGGUGAAGAUGACUUUAAUCCAUUUCGUGGUGGAGGAUUGAGGAGAUCACCGGAAGCUGGUGUACGGAUGGAUAUUGAUACGCCGCCUGCUGACCCUUUCCGACGUGGAGGAUUGAGAAGAUCGCCACCGGUUAGAGCGCAGGGGGAUGAGGAUGCGCCCUCUGCUUCGCUGCCUGAACCGGAGUUACCGCCAGCAGUACAUGCUUCUUCACCUCCUGCUCUACCAGCUUCUAUGCCAGAACCCCAAUUUGGACGACCUGCAGAUGAACCUUUGUUAGAGUCGGAGAGCGAAGCGUCUGUUCCAUUAGACAAACUCCCGUCCGAGGAACUAUCCAUAGCCAGGUCUAUCUCACCUGUUGCAAGUCCCUCGCCAGCUCCAUCAUUCUCUUCGCUCAACAUUCAGCUCCCAUCUCGGUCGCCGUCUGAGAUUAGAUCACCCUCACCUGCUUUAUCUUCACCCACCCAGGCUCCAGGACAGCAAACAGAACUAGAACAAGACGCCGAAACGGAACCUCAAUCGGAACCAGUGUCUGAACCGGACGUGACGGCGGAACCGGCUCACGGAUCAAACCAAGACUCUCCAAGCCCGCCACCAUCUCUGCCAGAGCUCUCUCCCUCACCUCCUCCAGCUUCCAUGCCACCGAGUAGGAUUCCGCGUCUGGCUCAGGAAUCUCGAAAUAAAGCACCAGCAGCAUCACAACCUGUGCCCCAAUUACCACCGCUCGAUGACGGGCCACGCAAGAGCUUCCAGAAUAGCCCGGUCAGGUUCCACGAGCCAUCGCAACAGCAUAAUUCACCCCUUACAAAACCGCCAUCGCGACGUUUUGAGAAGCCAAAAAAGGACAUUAGCCAUGCAUCCGCUUCUCAAGAGAGAAAGCCAGCAGCGACAAACCCUUCUGACAUAAGACAGACACGCCCAUUUGAUCCAGACGCAGAAAAGAAAAAGGCACGAGAGAUGAUCCAGAAAGAAAUUGAGUCUUUAAAGAAAGACCUUGAAGUUGCACGAAGAGAGAAUGAACGGAUCCGCGCGAUGCAAGAGUCCGGUCGCGUUCUUGCGCCCGUGGACCAAAAUGAAGUUAUUGACCUCAUCCAACGCCACCUCAUGGAUGCAGAUGCAGAGCCAAGUCAAACAUCAACACAGCAAUUAUUACAAGCAGCCUUGAAGCCUACAGCUCUCCUACCAUUCGGAAAGGCAAUCGCCCCAGCACCCUCUGCGCCCGUGGAGGACAAGUUGGCUUACAUCAAGUCGCAUUACCCUGUUCCAAUGACGGCAAAUGAAGAACUGCCUUAUCUUCAGUUGUUUACACCAUUCACAGCAUCAUCUACGAUCUCAAUACUACCGCAAACCGACGAUCAACCUUUAAGACAGCUUCACUCUAUCGUUCUUCGAUCGCGCGAAAUUCCUGGACUUUUUACAGCAAAGGUGGAGAUGACCGUUAAUCCUCUCGAACUUUCGGUCCUCGAUCUAUAUGUCACAACUCUGGAGCCUGCUGCGAAGUCUGAGCUUGGCCCAUUCAUUGAGAAGAUCUGCACGGGCGAUUGCAAUCGUUCUAUGCAGCGCAAUGUGGGUAUCUUGUCAUGGGCGAUGGGCGAGUGGCUCCGCGUUGCUGUUGAGAGAGCGGGGUUUUGGUGUCAAUUGGAGCAAACCUUAGGAACCAAGGAUGGUAUAUCGAAGGUAACCAUGCAGAUGCGAACAAAAAAGAGACGGAGAAAAGACGAUGAUGGGGAUGAUGAUAUGGACGAGCCAGUAGGAGUAGACUCUGUCAAAAAGGCUGACCUCAUUCGCUACAUGGGCCAACAACAUUACGACAUCUCAAUACCGUACAACGAUGCAGAAGAAUCCAGCGCCAAUGUACGAUUCAAUUGGAAGGUGGAGUUUGACUGGACGGGAGAAGCACAGACGAAACUCUCCGUCCUGGUCGGCGCCCCAGGCAAAUGGCAUCAAACAGACGAACGGGGCGUGCUUGGCAAGAUCCCCAAACUUUUUGAAGAACUUGUACAUGGUCACCAAGACACAGAAAUAGCUGUAAAAACAAUUGUAGCGCUCAUUGCAGGCGAGCAAUCAUGA